AUGUUUUUGAUCUAUAAACAGAUAAAGAAACGGAACGAAAGAAAGAUAGCCGAACAAGCGAUCGAACCCCCAAGUGAAAAUAUCGCGGAUGAUCUUUUCGAGGAGCCCGAUACGGAGAAAGAAAGCAAUAAGAAGAAGAUUCAGACCCCUGAAGAGGCAGCAGAGAACAGAAAAAGAAGAGUAUAUCGUUGGAAGCUUAUUCUGGGGCUUUUCAGCCCUUUUUGCCUGCAAGCCCUCGACACAACUAUCGUCGCAUCUGCCCUUCCCUAUAUCGCAACCGAUUUCAAUCAAAUUAAACAGCUGAACUGGAUUAUUUCCUCCUUCAACCUUUGCUCAGCUGCGUUCUUAUUUUUUUGGGCGCAACUGACAGAUUUAUUUGGUCGCCAUGUCACUCUCCAGGCGGCCAUUUUUAUCAUGAUGGUCGGCUCAGCCAUCUGCACCGGGGCGCCAACUUCUGCCUUUAGUGUCCUUCUCCUUGGGCGUGCUUUGCAGGGGGUUGGUGCAGCUGGCGUGAAUAUUUCGAUUCGCACCAUCCUGGCCGACCGAGUGUCUUUGUCUGAAUAUGCACUAAACUGGACCAUAUUUGCCUUGGUUUCUGGGGUGAGUUUCAGCAUCGGGCCUGUGAUUGGUGGCUACCUCACCCAGGCCUCAUGGCGGUGGUGCUUUGCCAUCAAUCUUCCGAUUGCUUUCAUUGCGAUGAUCGUGGUGUUCUUUAUUCUUCGAAAAGAACUUCAAGGUCCUCAAGAUAUCCUACAAUCAGAAGAGCGCACUAACUCGCGAAUCGGUCGAUUCGUCGCCCGUAUUUCAACCCUCGAUUUCGGGGGUCAAAUGCUAUUUCUCUGGGGAUUUGGAUUGCUGAUUCUCGCUUUAACUUGGGGUGGUGGCAAUUAUUCCUGGAGCUCAGCAGCUGUUCUCGCACCAAUCGUUGUCGGCGGUAUUCUUUCCAUCGGCUGGGUCUUCUAUGAACGCUGCAUGGCCCCAGGUGCCGUUUUGUCUCGUAUCUUCCCACGCCAGAAAGCCAUGAUGCCAUGGGAACUGCUCUCGCAGCGUGAUGUUGGUCUUUUGUUCUUGAUCAACUUUUCCAUCGGAAUCGCCAUGUUCGCUGUUAUGUACUUCAUGGACUUAUAUUUUGCUCUUGUGGAAGGUAAAAGCUCUGGCAGUGCUGGCCUAGCUCUACUUUACUUUCUCCCAGGCCUUGGCGCGGGCGCCUAUAUGGCCAUGUUUUCGUCAAAUGUAUGGCCUCGACAGACAUUUCCCGCACUCCUCCUGGGUAGUCUGACGGCUGCAAUUGGGAUCACAGUCCUAGCAUGGGCCGUCCAUGCCUCAAAAACGAGCCUAAUAUAUGGCAUGAUGGCGCUGGUCGGUCACGGUGUUGGAAUUCGACUGAAUCCAGCGUCACUCCACGGGCUGGCAUACUUUCCAGCGAUGACGGCCCAGAUCUCAUGUUUGGUCUCUUUCGCCGUUCCAUUCGGUGGUCUUGUUGGAUUGACUAUUAUGUCUACGGUAUUCACAAACAAAAGCGGUGCCCACGAGGGAAAUCCCAGAAGCGGUAUCAUGUGGGCUUUCAUUGCCAUGAUUCCAUUCAUGUGGGUUUCUGUGUUACUGACUACAUUCCUUGGAAAUGUAUGGAUAUUGAAAGGGGGCAGUCAUGAGGUUGUGAAUAGGGCUUACCUCUGGAGUAUUGUUACGGGCAGGGGAUUAGAGAAGGAACGAAGAGAUCGCCUUGAUGCUGGAAACUGA